ACAGCUUCCGGUGGGUAACCGGGGACUCGGGAGCUCACUCGGAGCGUGGCUGUUUCGGAGAGCAUUAAUGUCCGCAGGCCUGCCUAGCGUAAGAAGUAGCUGGAAAAAAUGUCUCGGGCUGUUCAUUUUCCAGUCCCUUGUCCAGUGCUGCUUGGCACCUUAACAGAUGACUCCUUGGAAGCGCAGCUUCAUGAAUAUGCCAAGCAAGGGAACUAUGUGAAAGUCAAGAAAAUUCUUAAGAAAGGAGUCUGUGUUGAUGCAGUCAACACUCUGGGCCAGUCGGCACUUUUUGUUGCAGCAUUAUUGGGCCAUGUGAAAUUAGUCGAUGUUCUGGUGGAUUAUGGAUCAGAUCCAAAUCACCGCUGCUUUGAUGGGAGCACCCCUGUCCAUGCAGCAGCCUUUUCAGGCAACCAGUGGAUCCUCAGUAAACUACUGACUGCAGGGGGAGACUUGCGACUCCACGAUGAGAAGGGUCGAAACCCACAGGCCUGGGCCUUGACAGCAGGGAAGGAUCGUAGCACUCAGAUGGUGGAGUUCAUGCAGCGAUGUGCUUCACACAUGAAGGCUAUCAUCCAGGGCUUCUCCUAUGACCUCCUCAAGAAGAUAGACUCUCCUCAGCGGCUCAUCGGCAGCCCACCCUGGUUUGGUAGCCUCAUUCAGGGAAGCCCAAAUAGUUCUCCUAGCCGACAGCUUAAACCUGGAAUCAUUUCUGCCCAAAAUAUCUACAGCUUUGGCUUUGGGAAGUUUUACCUCACUUCAGGGAUGCAGCUCACUUACCCAGGAUCUCUUCCAGUAAUUGGAGAAAAGGAAGUGAUCCAGGCUGACGAUGAGCCGACCUUCUCUUUCUUCAGUGGCCCCUACAUGGUCAUGACUAACCUCGUGUGGAACAGGAGCCGAGUUACAGUGAAGGAGCUGAACCUUCCCACCCAUCCCCACUGUAGCAGGCUGAGGCUGGCCGACUUGCUGAUUGCUGAGCAGGAACACAGCAGCAACCUGCGCCAUCCUAACCUGCUGCAGCUGAUGGCUGUAUGUUUGUCCCGGGACCUGGAAAAAAUUCGCUUGGUUUAUGAGCGUAUCACAGUCGGCACACUGUUCAGUGUCCUCCAUGAACGGAGGUCCCAGUUCCCAGUGUUACACAUGGAAGUGAUUGUGCACCUGCUGCUCCAGAUUGCUGACGCCUUGAUAUACCUACAUUCCCGAGGGUUCAUCCAUCGCUCCCUUAGCUCCUACGCUGUCCACAUUGUCUCUGCAGGAGAAGCAAGGCUGACUAACCUGGAGUACAUGAUGGAAAGCCAGGACAGUGGUCCACAUAGGGACAUGACUCGAGUGCCCCUCCCCACCCAGCUGUACAACUGGGCUGCACCAGAAGUGGUCUUACAGAAGGCAGCCACGAUGAAGUCAGACAUCUACAGCUUUUGCAUGAUCAUACAAGAGAUCUUAACAGACAACAUACCCUGGAACGGCUUGGAUGGCUCACUUGUUAAAGAAACCAUAGCCUUGGGAAAUUAUUUAGAAGCUGAUGUCAGGCUUCCAGAACCUUACUAUGAUAUUGUUAAGACAGGUAUCAACGCCAAGCCGAAGAACCGAGCAAUGAACCUACAAGAUAUUCGUUAUAUUCUGAAGAAUGACUUAAAGGAAUUUAUUGGAGCUCAGAAAACUCAGCCAACUGAGAGCCCCAGAGGGCAGAGAUAUGAACCCCAUCCUGAUGUUAAUAUCUGCCUAGGUCUAACUUCAGAAUAUCAAAAAGACCCUCCAGACUUGGACAUCAAGGAGCUAAAGGAAACAGGUAGUCAGCCUCAUUCACCAACAGAUCACUCCUUUCUCACUGAAAAAACACUAGCUCCUCAGACCCUAGAUUCAAGUGUGUCAGCCCAGGAACCUGACAAUCCGAGUGUUCCUUCUCCUCCUGCUUCAUGUUUGGCAGAAGAGGUCAGGAGCCCCACUGCAAGUCAGGCCAGCCUCUGCAGCUUUGAAAUCAAUGAAGUCUACUCAGGCUGCUUGACAUUGGGAACUGACAAAGAGGAAGAGUGUCCGGGGACUACUUCUUCACCUGACGGGGAUAAACCAAACCAGGUAGAUGAACUACCAUCCCUGGAAGAAGAGCUGGAUAAGAUGGAGAGAGAAUUGCACUGUUUUUGUGAGGAGGACAAAAGCCUUUCAGAAGUUGACACAGACCUUUGCUUUGAGGAUGGGGACUGGCAAAGUGAUUCUCUUAGUUCACUCAGCCUGCCUGAACCAACCAGAGAAGCCAAGGGCAAAACGAGCAGCUGGUCCAAGACUGACGAGUACGUCAGUAAGUGUGUGCUGAAUCUAAAGAUUUCUCAGGUGAUGAUGCAGCAGAGUGCUGAGUGGCUGAGGAAGCUUGAGCAGGAGGUAGAAGAACUUGAGUGGGCGCAGAAGGAGCUGGACAAUCAGUGCAGGAGUUUGUGGGAUGCUUCCUUAAGGUUUGCAAAUGCCAAGUUCCUGUCAGCUGUAGGCCCUCCGUCUUUGACCUAUCUUCCUCCUGUUAUGCAAUUAUCAGAGUCCAAGCAGCCUGAAAAUGGUGGCAACUGGUUGGCCCUAGCAAGGUCUCCAGGAAAUGAGAGAGAGUUCCAAGAGGGACAUUUUGGCACAAAACCUGAGAAAUUAAGUGCCUGUGGCUGGAAGCCUUUUACACGGGUGUCUGAAGAAAGCAGGGGGGACUGCCCAGAGCCAAGCAAUCAGCUGCCAACUCCUUGUGGUCCUGGGAAGCAGAACACAGGUGAACAAUUACCAUCCACUCAAGAAGUCAAGGAGAGUUUGGAAAGAAAUACAAACCAAAAUAGUAGGAGUAUGGAGUCUCUGUCUUCUGAAAUCAAUGAUACUAAGUCAAGAAAUAAUGAAGACAAUGGCGAGGCACACUUAAAAUGGAGAUUGGCAGUAAAAGAAAUGGCAGAGAAAGCAGUUUCUGGACAGCUCCUAGUACCUCCUUGGAAUCCUCAGAGUAGCUUGCCUUUUGAGAGUAAGGUUGAAAAUGAGAGCACUCCUUUGCCAUGGCCCGAAGUUAGAGGUCCCGAGAGCACAGAUUGGCAGCACACUUUAGAAUGCCAGAGGGGAAAUGAUGAGCUGGAAGGAAGUACAGAGCCUGGCAAAGUGGACAGCAGUGACUGUAACAAGAACAAGCACAGCAGAUGGACAGGCCUUCAGCGUUUCACAAGGAUUAGAUACCCGUUCUUCAGAAGCCACGAGCAGCCAGAGCACACUGAAGCCUCUCAAGCAAGCUGUGACACAUCUGUGGGCACUGAGAAGUUUUACAGCACCUCAAGUCCCAUAGAAGACGACUUUGAAAGAAUCCAAAGUUCUUUUGCCCAACCUCAAGGCUCUGUUGAAGAAAAUUUCCAAAUAAGAGAAAUCUUUCGAAAGAAUGCUGAGAUUUUGACCAAGCCUCAGCUUCAAGCUAUUCAAUGUGCUGAAGACAAACAAGAGGAGACAUUAGAGGAGAUGCCAAAGGAACUGAAAGAGAAAAACAUAUCACUGACAGACAUUCAAGACCUGUCCAGCAUCACCUAUGAACAAGACGGCUGUUUUAAGGAAACCUCAUGCAAAACACCUAAAUUAAAACACGCACCUACUAGUGCCAGUACUCCGCUCAGCCCAGAGUCGAUUUCUUCAGCUGCUAGUCACUAUGAAGACUGCCUUGAAAAUACCACAUUUCAUGUUAAAAAAGGAUCUACAUUUUUUUGGAAUGGUCAAGGAACUAUGAGAACUUUGUCUGCCAAAUUUACAACAGUGCGAGAGAGAGCUAAGAGCCUGGAAUCUCUCCUCGCUUCUUCUAAAACCCUACCUGCAAAGCUGACUGACCCUCAAAGAUUGUGUAUGUUCAGUGGGGCUGGCUCUUCUAACAUAUCUGCAGUAUUUGUAACGUCAACCCACGCUACCAAGAGGAAGAGCCUACCUGGAGAACUAGCAGAAGCCACCUCUCAGCAUCAUCUUGAUGAACUUCCACCCCCAGCUCAGGAGCUACUUGAUGAAAUUGAGCAACUGAAGCAGCAGCAGGUCUCAUCCAUGGUGUCACAUGAGAACACAGCACAUGAUCUGAAUGUCACUGAAAAUGAUAAAAGGCAUUUGGAAGAACAAGAAACCAACAGUAGUAAAGACAGCAGUUUUCUUUCCAGCAGAGAAAUUCAGGAUCUGGAAGACACAGAGAGAGCUCAUUCUUCUCUUGAUGAGGACCUGGAAAGAUUGCUGCAGUUACCUGAGGAGAACAUGGCACUGAUGGACCCCACCAAGGGCUCUACAAGGGAGAAAAAAAACAAAGAUCAAGAUGUUGUUGAACAGAAGAGAAAAAAAGAAAGCAUCAAGCCAGAGAGAAGGAAAUCAGACAGCUUUUUAGGAACUUUGGAGGAAGAUGAACUAAAACCCUGUUUUUGGAAGCGACUGGGUUGGUCCGAACCUUCCAGGAUAAUUGUGCUGGAUCAGAGCAACUUGUCAGACUGAUUGGAACUGGACCGUGCUUGCAUUGUGGCUGUGACCUCCUUCUCUUAUCUUCUUCAGCUGCUUCAAGGACAGUAGUUCCAGUCUGUAACUCAUGCUUUGUUCUGCUGCUACUAUGGGCACAGUAAUGCGGCCCUAUCAUGUAGCAUGCUUAAUCAUUUGUUUUAAAUCAGGUUUCUGAAAAGUUCAAAGUAACCAUAAUGGCAAACACUUAAUUGUGUUCAGAAUGGCUUUUGUUUUUAUUGAUGUAAAAUUUUGAAACCAUAACUUUGUUAUAUAAUAAAGUGUUUACUUUCAAUGCUA